AUGUCGACGAUGAGCUACGAGCUCAAAGAGGUGCACGAGCUCCGAGAAGCAUUAGAAAACUUUGAGGACAACACCGGGGAAUCCCUCAACUUCAGUUUCGACGUCAAAGAAUGUAACUGGGACAACGUUCUCGCCGAGCUAAAACGCGCCCUGGAGGCGGACGAAGAGCGAGCGAAAAAAUGGCACCACAAAGCGUGGCGCAUUUUUGGAUCAACAGCCCCAGUGUUAGCCCCUGGUUUGGCGGCAUUUCCAGAUGAGCUUUGCGUCCUGCAUGGAGGGCUUGCUGUUAUCUUUGGUAUUGCUCAACGCCGAGCCCAGCACCGCUCGAAAAUACUCGCGGCCUUUGGGAACAUCCCUCUCACCAUCACUGAUGCCCGUCGCAAAGCAAAUAUAUUCCCCCGGCACGUAGACAACCCCGACAGCAUUCUCCUUCAUAACAGCAUAGACGACCUCAACCAAACUCUCCUUCAGGUUCUGCCUAAAUUAAUCCAAUUGCUGAACCCGGGCACAAUCAUUUUAAAAGCUACCAGCAGUUUUAAGGGCGACAAGAUCGAUAGCCUCUUGGAACGGAUUACCCAAAGCUCUCAAUACACAGAAGCUUGCGCCGGACGCUUAAUAGAACAAAUCACCAUCGAAACGAACGAGACUGUCAAAAUUAUCCACGCCGAUACCCGAAACACGGUGGCGGGUGUUGAUGAUCUUCGAAACCAGGUAGAUGAACUGUUACGUCGACAGCAGUCGCUGCAGGAUACGUUAGACGCCAUCUCGGGCAAGAACGGCCUCUUCCAGUUUGUCGUUGAAAUGCUAAACAAUCCUCAACUCAACGUGGCCCCUCCCCCAGAAUACACCCCAGCCGUGUACCCCCCGGCAAGAGCAAACGAGAAGGUGCUCACUGCUCUCGAGCUCCUCAAUCUCCUUGAUAUCCAGCUGCUCGGGCCCAUCGAAGAGGAGACUCAAAUUCUCCGCCGUGGUAGCUCUAUCGAUGACUCCCUCCUUAGCCGCGCAUCAUUCAGAACCCUCCUUUUCUCCCAACAGCCCGGCGUCGUCCUCGUCGACGCAUGCAGCGACCGAGCACAGGGGGGCAGUAGCGUGACGCCCGUUUCUGUCAUCUGCGCGACCCUCACACAGGCACUGCGCCGGGGUGGAUACGGCCCUGCGCUCUCGCCCGCUCUACCCACAUCCGCGUCAACGCCAGUGAUCUUGGUCUUCUUCUGCGGGCUCCACAUUGCCACCGAAGAUCCCCUCCAGGGCCCGCUUGGGCUAGUGAGAAGUCUGCUCGCGCAGUUGGCGCUAGAGCUGUUGAAGAAUAGGUGGGUUACGGAGGAAGGGCCGAUGGGGGUGCUGCCGGAUGAGAGUAUGGAGGAGGGGUUGUAUCUGGCCGAUCUGUGUGGCUUGUUCCAUAACCUGUUGCGGCUGGUGCCGGCGGGGACGUCGGUGUACUGUAUCGUGGAUGGAAUUUCGUCGUAUGAGAGAGAGUUCUGGAGUGAGGACUACGGGGUGGUGAUGGGGGCGUUUGCCAGGAUUGUGCGGGAUGAGGGGUUAGAAGCGUGGUUCAAGCUGUUGAUGACGGGUCUGGCUUCGAGUCCAGGGCUGGAUAGGUGGAUGCCACACCAGAGGGUGUCGUUGAGGAGUGGGAGGGUCGGGGGAGGGUCCGUACAGCGGGCAAUGAGGGCUGCGUUUAGGGAUGUGAACUUGAACGAUGACUACUACUAG